GGACCCAUCUGUCCGUCUUCUCCGCGGCGAGAAGGCGGGCGGGGGGCGCGGCUGUGCCGAGCGAGCGAGCGAGCGGAGCAGGACUUGGCGCGCGCCCGCGCGGUGUGUGUGUCUGUGUAAGCAAGGGAGCGAGCGUGCGUGCGGGAGGAGAGGUGGGACGCUGGGUGGGUGUGCAACUGCCGGAGGAGUCCCUCUCGCAUUCGCACAAGAUGGCGAUGGAGGGGCGACCGACCCCGUCUCCGGCUUUCGCCCACCUCUAAGAAAAAAGAAGACCCACCGCAGCCUCAGCCGAGCAGCCCCCUUCCCUCCUUCUCUGCCCGCAGGCUCCCAUGGCGUUCCCGGGCUGGGCGCUGCUGCUGCUGACCUUGACCGCGGUGGAAGGAGAACCCCCUCCACUGCAGGCCUUGGAGUUGAGCUGUGGCUCUGGAACUGGACAAGUGACCCUCAACCCCAGUGAGACGUUGGAGCUGAGUUGUGGUCUAUUUCCUGAGGUCAACCCUUUGAGGCUAGGUUUUCAUUCCUUUCCAUCCGGUGAGCAGUUUUCCAAUAUUACAUGGAAGAAGAAUGGGCAUCCGGUGAGAGGAGAAGACAACCUUCGUGUCCUCCCCAACGGUUCUUUGUUGAUCGCGUCAACUGUGGGAGCUGCGAAACACGACAACCACUCAGAAGGCUCCAGCGUGGAAGGAAAUUAUUCUUGUACCACUCAGGGCCCAUUUGGGUCCGUCACUGGCCAAACUCUGAUGCUCCGAGAAUCUACCUUACCUCCAUUUUUCCAACAUCCAGAACCCCAAUCUGUGCCAGAAAAUGGCAUGGCUCGUUUUGAGUGUCGGAUCAAAGGUUUGCCUGCUCCGGUCAUUGCUUGGCAGAAGGACACGGAGGCUGUGCCAUCAGAACCAAGGUUCAUAGUCCUUCCAAAUGGUGUCCUUCAGAUCACAGAUGUUCAGGAAGGAGAUGCUGGAAGCUAUCGUUGCAUGGCAACCAAUACAGCGGGAAAACGCUACAGUCUGCAUGCUCCCCUCACUCUCUUGAAAGGUACAUUCCACAAAUUUGGGCAGGGCCCUAGGUCCCCAACAACCAAUGAUGGAUGAUGUAUCAUUGUCACCGCACCGGAGAAUGCCACAGUGGUGGUUGGAGACACUGUUGUGAUGGAAUGUGUGCGUCAGCAAAUCCCACCUUUCAUCUCUUGGAUACGGGAAGAUGGGAAUCCGAUUUCUACGGAUGUGAUUGUGUUAGGACGGACCAACCUCGUGAUCCUUUCCGUUCAGCUUCAUCAUGCAGGAGUCUAUGUAUGCCGGGCCAACAAACCCCAAACCAGGCAGUUUGUAACAGCUGCAGCUGAGCUCCAAGUCCUUGCUCCUCCUACAAUUGCCCAGGCACCUGAAACCAUUUCUCGCACCCGGGCCAGCACCGCCAGGUUUGUGUGCAAAGCAGAAGGAGAGCCGCUGCCCGCCAUACACUGGAUGAGGAACGGGAAGCUGUUACUAUCUAAAGGACGGGUUAAAAUACAGGGCAGCGGUACCCUUGUGAUCAACCAGAUCGGCUUGGACGACGCGGGCUAUUACUGUGUGGCUGAAAAUCACCUUGGCAUGGCCUGUGCUACGGCCAGGCUAGAGGUCAUCGUGCGGGAAGGCCUGCCCAGCGCUCCGAAGAGGGUAUCCGCAAGUUCUCUCUCCAGCACCACUGUCUUGGUUUCCUGGGAAAGGCGGAGUUCAACAGUGAGCAGAUUAUUGGAUUCUCUUCAUUACCAAAAAGCCUUCGGUGCUGACAACGUGGAAUACCAGUUUGCGGUGAAUAACGACACCACUGAGUUUUCGGUGAAAGACUUGGAGCCCAACACCAAUUAUAUCUUCUAUGUGGUGGCCUACUCCCAGCUUGGAGCUAGCCGGACCUCCUCAUCCAUAAAUGUGCAGACCUUGGAAGAUGUUCCUGGUGGAGCCCCUCAGAUUUCCCUGUCCAGUGUAACUCCGACUGAUAUCACGACAUGGCAGCCUCUCCCUUCAGAACUGAGCAAUGGAAAGAUUGUCAAGUACAAAAUUGAGUAUGCUUCUCUCAAGGAAGACCUGAUUUCUUCAACGGAGCUCAGUGGAAAUGAAACCCAGCUGGUGCUUUACGGGUUACAGCCAAACAAAAUCUACAAAGUUCGGAUUACGGCAAGCACCAGUGCGGGCUAUGGAGCUCCAUCAGAAUGGACUCAGCACCGCACUCCAGAUCGGGACAACCAAACCCAUGUUCUCUUUGCCCCAACUGAGUUGAUGGUCCAGGCCAAAAUGGACUCGCUGUCGAUCAGUUGGCAGCCUCCACCCAACCACGGACAUUCAGGCUACAAGCUGUACUACCGAGAAAUACCUUCUGAGGAGUCCAGCAUGGAGACCCCUUCGGAAGGCCCAGGGAAGAGUCUUCGGGACAUUGGACCCAUAAAACUGAAGAAGAAAGUGAAGCAGCAUGAACUGAGACAUCUAGUUCCUGGACAGCUUUAUGAAAUCAGGCUGAUGGCUUUCAACAAGCAUGAAGAGGGAUACGCAGCCGUGUGGAAGGGCAAGACGGAGCGAGCGCCUGUCACCGCAGCUGAUCUUCCAGUUCAUAAAGGUCCCCCACCUCCUGGGCAUCUCCACGUCGCCAAUAGUUCCACGGCGAUUUGGCUGCGUUGGAAGAAGCCCAACUUCACCACCGUGAAGAUCGUCAACUACACGGUGCGAUAGCCUUGGGGGUUAAAGAAUGCCUCGCUUGUGAUGUAUUACACAAGCUCUAAAGAGGAUGUUCUUAUCAGCGGACUGAAACCAUUCACAAGAUACGAGUUUGCGGUGCAGUCCAAUGGAGUCGGAAUGGACAGUCCCUUUGGAAAUGUGGUGGAGUGUUUCACUCUCCCAGACAGACCCUCCACUCCCCCUUCUGACCUGCAAUUGCAUCCCAUCAACCCAUACGCGGUCCAGAUUCACUGGUGUCCCCUGGAACCGAAUGGCAUCAUUGUGGAAUAUGUCAUCCUCUACAAUGCCAACUGCACCCAGCCGGGAGAUGUGGACACGUUGACCAAAGAGGGCAGUACCUUCAGCGCUGAAGUUGACGGGUUGGAGAGCGACACCAGAUAUUUCUUCAAGGUGGGAGCCAAGACGGUUGUAGGAUCGGGACCAUAUUCUAGUGUGAAGGAUGUGCAGACCUUACCAGAGGGAUUCACAGAUAUCUUAGUUCAUUCUAUCCCGGCGUCACAGUUGGCCAUCUGCCUCCUCUGCAUCGUCUUCUGUGCUUGUGUCAGCUUUCGCAACAAUUACCUAAGUAAGAAAUCGAUGCCUGGUUUGGAUUCCCAAGCUUCAGGAAGCCACAUGUACCACCACCGGAGCCGACAAGCAGCACCCCUCUCAGUAAUCCCUUCCACUCCCAGCGAAAUGGAGUCCCUCAUGGCUCCCAUUUCUGACGGGGUUCCUCACCUCGAGCGAUGUGCAGAACUGACUGAAGCCCGUGGUCAUCCAUUGGAGGACAGUGUGGGCCACAUCCCAAUAAAGCCUCCAUGGGAGAAAUCACUGAACAGCUGGACAAACAGCAUCGCUGGCUACGGAGUCUCCAUUCCAAAAGAACCCACCAUGGCUUUGAAUGGAUCACUGAAGAUGGCUUCCAAUGGAGGACAGAAGCUCUUGUUGCAAGCGCUGGUUUAUGAGGUUGUCACGGUGUCGAAAAAGGAGCACCCACCCAGUAGCCUCAAUCAACUGGAAGCUGAGGUCAUUGUCCAUUCGGAUUUCUUAGCCUCCAACCGAGAUUGUGGUUCCCAACUCCAUAUGCUGGACCUGGAAAGGACUCCCUAUGAGGAUUGUGAGCCAGAAACAUUCCCCAUGGAAGACCUACCUGAACAGGUUUCUUACAGCUGCUCUCAGCAAGAUCUCAGUGUUAUGUCCCAAGACCGAGAUGGCAAAGGUGAGCCUGAAGCACCUGAUACAUUGCUGAAGAUCAAGAAAGAGGCUCACCAGAGAGCUAUCAAAUUACUGGAGCAGACGGAGGGCUUCCCCAGACUGGAGGAAGCUUGGACGCAAUGGGAAGCGGGGGCAUUGACUCAUCUCACAAAGGAGGAGUGGACACACGGCCCACCUUGCGCGAUGCUCUUCCCACAGUCCAACCGCAAGGCCUUCUGCAUGGCAGCCUCUCUAAUGUAAUUGAUUCGCCUUCUGGGUUUGAAAACGCAGCAUGUGUCCACCAUCUUUGAUGAGAGCUUUGAUUACAUUCUUGGCCAUGGCAGAGCUCAGAGAAGCAGAAUAGCUAUAAGGAUUAGGCCUUUGUGGCACUAAUAGUCUCAUAAAGCGUGGUUGAGAAGGGAAUGAUAUUAGUGCCAUAAGAUUUUAUAAGGAGAAUCUCCCCCCCCCCCCACAAAGUAUUGUGUCUGCUCUCUCUCUUCCUCAGCUGCUCUGCAAAGGCUACUGAGAAUUGGUGAACUUCAUACCAAUUAUGAGUUAAUGUUGUGCCUCACAAAGACUCAGGAGUAGGCAGCAUAAGGCCCAUAGGCCUCUUUCCAGCGCACCAACUGCAUAUACCAUUUUACUACCAGAUGCAGCUGUCACACAAGUUGCAUUGGGAGGAAGAUUGUUUCAUGAGACGUCAUGAAGAGGUUGGUCCUGGAGUUUAUCUGCUCUUCUGAACGGUGUCACAGACUUUAGGUACCCUUCUACAUCUCCAAAGGAUGAAAUGCAGCAGAGAUGGAAAGCAAUACAUCAGAUGUUCUGCUGCUCUAGGUCCUAGAACAGUGAUGCCUAAACUUUUUGUGGAGGCGUGGGGAGCAUGUUC